GUUUCUUCAAAAAGUGACAAAUUUCGAAGCUGCAAGGGACUUCACCGGCAGCCUGGCAUUCACUCCACGAUGGCUGUCAGACAUGCACCCCAGGGUGGUUUCACCAUACCCAGCUGCUGGACUACCCUUUCUUUUCCUCGAUACGUAAGUACAUACUUAAAGCCUUCGGAUUUCCCGUGUUGACCAGACGCGGGAGCUCCUCCUUAUUAGUGCUGCACUCUGUACACUAUUCGAAAGACAUCGGGUAAACCUUGUACCAAACCUUUGAAGCUACCAUCAUGGGUCUCGCCCUGUCUCUCCUCCGGCAUGUCUUCACAGAACAUGUGGAACUGCCCCAGCAAGAGAAGUCCCCGUACCCGCAGGAUCCAAACACAACUCUUGCAAACGAACUGCGUGGCCAGAGGUUCCGAGUUGACAUGACAACGAGCUUCUGUAACUGGCCUUCUGGUGCAAUGAACCCGCACUACAGACGUCUCCAGUCCGAAUGCGACCGAGUUCUCGAGGUUGGCGUGCCAGAUGCAGAUCGAUGCAAGAAGUUCAAGAAGAGCGAUUUCGCCUUGUUCUCUGCCCUGUGGUGGCCGAGUGCCAACUGGGAAGACCUGUAUACCGCGAUGUUGUUUACCGUCGCCCUGUUUGUCUGGGAUGAUACGAUCGACACAAACGAGCACAUUCUGGCUUCCGAUUUUGCCAAGGCUGAGGUCUGGCGUAAUCAAUCUCUCGACUAUUUCAGAUACCAGCUUCAGUUGUCCCCCAAUGAGAAGGAGCCAUAUCUCCCUGAUGAUAUCUGUCUGCUGUUCAAGGAAUUUGCUGAGAGAUUUUGCAAGAAUUUCGGUAACGAACAACGGCGCCGCAUGUACUCCAAGAUAGAGCAUUUCGUCGCGCAUAACAGGCUCGAACAAGUGGAGCGCCUGGCCGGCCGAGUUCCUACCUACGACGAGUACAUGAACAUCCGUUACGGAGUGACUGGGGUGCGGAUGUUUACUUUACUACUCGAGGUCACCCAACAGACGAAGCUCCCAGCAUGGAUCAUGGACUCGUCGGAGAUGGAGGAGAUUGUCAAGGAGUGCAACUUCAUCAUCAUCGUGAUCAACGAUAUUCUUUCCCUCAAGAAAGAGAUUGCCACAGACUGUGUCGUCAACCUUGUGCCUGUACUGUACAAGACGGGGCUAAGCCUGGACCAAGUAAUCCCACGUCUCAUCGAGGAGAUGCACGCGUCCCGGGACCGGCUUGAUUCUGCUGCUGCGCGGCUUCACUCAAUGACGCUCGCAGACCCCCAACUGAACCGUGAUGUUAUGGGUUUCAUCGACGGCAUCCGUAUCAUGGACACCGGGACACUGGAAUACUCGGUUGAGGCAAAGAGGUACGAUGUUCGCAGGUACUUGCAGCCUGAUGGAGCUCUUGACAUAGUCUUGUGAUUGGCGCGCUGGAGGCCCCCUACAACCGUGUCAACAGGUUUUGUACAUAGACUGGAAGCACUUGAUAUUUAAGCACUGGAGACCGUUUCGCAAGAGCGGCAGUAGUGUUUGUCCACCCGGGAGUGUGAAUAACGAUCAAUUGAUGACUGUAGUAUUUUAC